GCGGCUUACAGAGGGACGGUGAGGCCGGCAGCCAAUGGGCGGCGGUGUGAGUGCGGCGGCUCGCUUUUUGAAUUGGCGGCGGCCGCUGAUGGCGGAUGGCGGCGGGUGGCACCGGCGCUGUUGAAGAAAGAAACAAGGCAUAAUCAUGGCUGACAACAGUACUCUGGUGUCUGAAACUGGGAGGAGCCUCUUGGCUGAUUCUUCUGUUCUUGAUUCAAAAAUUAUAGAACCCUCCAAAGAGAAUGCUUUCCGUGCAGCUGUUCUGGAUGUUGAAGCAGAAGAAAUGCCUCAAAUAGAAACACGAGUGGUUUUGGUUCAGGAAGCAGGGAAACGUGAGGAGCUUCUGAAAGCCUUGGAGACCAUUAAGAUAAUGGAAGUACCUGUUAUAAAGAUAAAGGAAAGUAGUCCUGAUAAAUCAGAAGAAAAACUAAUAAAAAGUAUUAUUCAUAUGGAAAUAAAAAUGCCCUACAUAAAGACAGACACGAUAGAAGAGCUUGGAGAUUCUGAUUCCCCAGAAUUUGAGACCAUCUUCGUUGUGUCAGACUUCCAAGCUCCCAUCUUCAGCAACCUCUGCAAGGCAGAUUGCCGAGUCAUCGGGCCGCCGGUCGUGCUGCACUGUGCCCACCAAGGAGAGCCUCUACCUUUCUCCUGCCGUCCACUGUACUGUGCAAGUAUGUUGAACUUGGUACUGUGCUUUACGGGAUUCAGAAAGAAAGAUGAGUUAGUUAAGCUCGUGACCUUGGUUCAUCAUAUGGGUGGAAUUAUUCGAAGGGACUUUAGCUCAAAAGUUACUCAUCUGGUGGCAAACUCAACACAUGGAGACAAAUUCAGAAUUGCUGUAAGCCUUGGUAUUCCUAUCGUGAAAGCUGAGUGGAUUUAUAAGGCGUGGGAGAAAAGGAAUGAAAUUGAUUUCUCUGCAGCUGAUGACAACUUUAGAAACCAGUUCAAGGUUCCUCCCUUUCAGGAUUGCAUGUUAAGUUUCCUGGGAUUCUCUGAUGAUGAGAAAGCUAACAUGGAAGAAAUGACAGAAAUGCAAGGAGGACAUUAUUUACCAGUUGGUGAUGAAAGGUGCACACAUUUGGUGGUUGAAGAAAGCACAGUAAAAGAUCUUCCAUUUGAACCUUUAAAAAAACUUUACGUUGUAAAGCAAGAGUGGUUUUGGGGAAGCAUUCAGAUGGAUGCCAGAGCUGGAGAGUCCAUGUAUUUAUUUGAGAAGUCGGAGAGUCCCGACUUCAAGAAGUCGGUGUCGCUGCUUUCCCUGAGCACUCCCAACAGCAACCGCAAACGGCGCCGCUUGAAAGAGACUCUGGCCCAGCUGACCAGGGAAACAGACCUGUCCCCGUUCCCUCCUCGGAAACGCCCCUCAGCUGAGCAUUCCCUCUCCAUUGGCUCCUUGCUGGAUAUUUCCAACACUCCGGAGUCAAGCACUGCCAACGGAGAAACACCAAAAUCCUGUGCAAGACCUUCCAAAAACUCAACUCCUCUUCCUCUCAAGCAGUCUGCAAGAUGGCAGGUUGCAAAGGAAUUGUAUCAGACAGAAAGUAACUAUGUUGAUAUUCUGACAACAAUUAUUCAGUUAUUUCAAGUUCCAUUGGAGAAGGAAGGACAACUUGGGGGACCGAUCCUUGCACAGGAAGAGAUCAAGACCAUAUUUGGCAGCAUUCCAGAUAUUCUUGAUGUGCACACUAAAAUCAAGGAAGACCUGGAGGAUCUUAUGAUAAAUUGGACUGAAAGCAAAAGUAUUGGUGAUAUCAUUCUCAAAUAUUCAAAAGACUUGUUGAAAACAUACCCUCCGUUUGUGAAUUUCUUUGAAAUGAGCAAGGAGACGAUUACAAGAUGUGAAAAGCAGAAACCAAGGUUUCAUGCCUUCCUAAAGAUAAAUCAAGCUAAACCUGAAUGUGGCCGCCAAAGCCUCGCUGAGCUCCUCAUCCGUCCUGUUCAAAGGCUGCCCAGUGUUGCCCUACUACUAAAUGAUAUUAAGAAACAUACAGCAGAAGAGAACCCAGAUAAAAUAACUCUAGAGAGAGCUAUUGAAUCGUUAAAGGAGGUGAUGACACACAUUAAUGAAGACAAAAGAAAAACAGAGGCACAGAGGCAGUUCUUUGACGUUGUCUAUGAAGUGGAUGGAUGUCCAGCCAAUCUCCUGUCGUCCCACCGCAGCUUGGUUCAGCGUCUGGAGACUGUAGCUCUUGGUGAUGACCUCUGUGACAGGGGAGAGCAGGUCACGCUCUUCCUGUUCAAUGAUUGCCUAGAGAUUGCGAGGAAACGGCAUAAAGUUAUUGGAGCUUUCAAGAGUCCCCAUGGCCACACAAGGCCUCCUGCAUCUCUCAAGCAUGUUGUUCUCAUGCCCCUCUCCCAGAUCAAGAAAGUCUUGGACAUCAGGGAGACAGAAGAUUGCCAGAAAGCUUUUGCCUUAGUUGUGAGGCCACCUACAGAGCUCAACAACAAGCUGCUCAGUUUCCAGAUGACAACUGAAGAGCCUCGCAAGGAGGACUGGCUGAAGACCUUGUGUCGGCACGUGGCCAACACUAUUUGUAAAGCAGAUGCAGAAAAUCUCAUUUAUGUUGCUGAUCCUGAUUCAGUUGAAGUAAGUACUAAAGAUAUGGACAGUACUUUAAGCAGAGCAUCCAGGGCAAUAAAGAAAACAUCAAAAAAGGUCACAAGAGCCUUUUCUUUCUCCAAAACACCCAAGCGAGCUCUGCGCAGGGCUCUGAUGUCUCACAGCGCCACGGAAGGGCGGAGCCCCAGCUCCGCCAACGAGGGUUACAUCGGCAGCCGCCUGACCAGCACCUCGUCCCUGGCGAUUGCUCGUUCCUCUUCCACGUGCAGCCUAAGUGGAGCUGUCAAAUGUGCUGUUAAUGUCCAUCGCUCCAGUUCUGUUGAUUGGAGCUCUCAAAAUUCCAAGCCUCGACCUGUGCUGUGUCCUGGCUCUCCAAAUACUCAUCUUUCAAAUGCUGUAGAAACAAAAGCCUCUUCCAACUUGGAAAGCUUAAAUCAUCAUGCCUUGGACAGACCGUGUGCUUUCCCUGUUAUUACUUGUGCUGAUGCUGGAGAUGAUAACCAGCGUGGGGCUGGGAAGUUCUGUGCAUCAGAUCCUGACUGAAGGUGUUCCUUCUCCUUCCUUGGUCAGCCUUCCCUCGAUCUUUGAAAGGAGGAGUCACACAUUGAGCCGAUCAACAACCCACUUGAUAUGAGGCAGGUGGGAAAGACUCUGCUCUGUGGGACUGACUGACAAGCAGCUGGCUGGGCAGGGACCUGUUCCUGACAUUGAUGGUACCUUAGUCAUUAGCACUUAGCAAUGAUUAGCAAAAUGUUAGGUAACACUAAGUUAAUCACAAGGGGGGUUUAGUUGUGUUGAAGCAGACCAGCCAAUCAGUGGAAUAAGUAACUUGGCCUUCAUUUAAACACAGUAUUCCCUUGCACAGAUUUAUUUCCUUACCAGCAUAACUGAAACGCUUUCUAUGGAAAUUGUCCCCUCCAGGCAAUAAACUGGUGUGGUGUCAGAUCUUGAAAUGAGGAUGAUGAUCACAUAAUUUACUGCUAGCUGGGAUGACUCUUAUGCUUGCCUAACUUCAUCUACUGGCAGAGCACUCUAAUGUCUGAAUUGUGGAUUCCUUAAAUGGAGAUACAUUAUGAAGUACCUGACCUUUCAAGUAUGACAGUUAACCUGUUGUACAGCUGCUCAUUCUAGAUAUUUUAUAAAUGUAGUUGUUUGUAAUUAAAUAGAAUUGAGUUUUGUGAUUAUGAUCUGCAGCCUCACUGUAACACAGUGGUAUGAGGAGCUUUGACCACCAAAAAUGAUCAAUUGAAUUCUUUGUCUUGCUUUGAAGUGGGAGUCUGAGGAAAUGAAUUACACUCCUGUUUAGUAGGGUUGUUAAAAAACCAAACCCCCCACACAUUCCCCAUUCUUGGUUAACAAAUCAUUAUUUAAUGCUUGGGAUUACUGGUGUGACAUUGUAACUUCAGGGUCCAAUUUUGGUGUGUCAAUUUUCAGUGUACUACUCCUAAGGCUUUUAGACUUUCUCAUGUAUUUAUGUCUUCCUUUAAAACUCUGUGUUCACUUCUGUCAUCUCUGAACAAUUUGUACCUUGCAAUACACUCUCACAAACUAUCUAAAUAUGUAAACUUCUGCAUUUCAUUAACAGUUCAACUGUUGGUAUUAUCAGGAGUUCACAACUUCUGGUUUCUUUUUAACCACCUGUGUUUUGUCUUGUAUCUAUAUGUAACUAGUGAUGCUUUUGAAUGUGUCAGACUGCACUGUUUUUUAUAUCUUUUUGCCAAUCUGAGCAAUGUAAAUAAACUGUUUAAAAUAACA